CAAAAUUUUGUCGAGAAAGAUGAUUUCAGUAAAAUGACAGAUAUAUGUAACAGAAUUGAUGUUAGAGCGGAUAUUUGUUUUUCUAUUUUGGGAGGAUCUUUGAACUGAAGGAUAAUUACAUUAACAGAUUGCUGUACUUUGGAUUGCCGCAGGCCUACGUCGUCUGCUGACAUAUGUAGGAUGGGGGUAGUUUUUGUUGUUAUUUUUUUAUCGCCCAAGUAUUGCCAGCUCAUGAAGCUUGCUGUUGAUAGAAAUAUGCUCCGAUAACUUAUAAGGGCUUCAUAUUGUUCCAGAUGCCGGUCAUGCCUGCUGAGCAGAAUUUUUACAAUGGCUCCAUACAAGCUUCAACACAUUUGGAUGGCUGUGAACAAUGUAUUUAACUUUUCAUGGGUGCAAAAUGUACACUGGAUGAAUGAGAAGCCUACCCGCCAUAAACCAUACAGGCCAGCACCCAUAGAGCACAUUGCAAAUGUGGUAACACAUGGGGUAUGGGUGGUGCCCAGCAUCAUAGCAUGUUUUGCCCUUAUACAGCGAGCAACUAGCUGGCCACAGUACUGGUCUGCAGUGAUAUAUGGUUCUGCCCUUGUGCUUCUCUUCUCUGUAUCAACUUUCUUCCAUUCAGUCUUCUACUGUAGUCACAACAGACACCUGAAAGACAUGCUACACCGCGGUGAUCGUGCAAUGAUCUACGUAUUUAUUGCUGCAUCAUACUUCCCCUGGCUAAUGCUGACACCUUUGCCACCUGGAGGUUUAGCAGCAGAAUUACAUUGGAUAGUUUGGGUGCUUGCUUCUCUUGGAAUUCUGUAUCAACAGCUGUUCCACGAGCAGUAUAAAUGUCUUGAAACAUUUUUUUACCUUGUCAUGGGCAUUACUCCAUCAUUUGCAAUAAUAAACAAGAAGGAAGAUUUCAUGGGAUUGACAGAGCUGAAAAUUGGUGGAUUUGUUUACAUAUUUGGUGUAAUAUUCUUCAAGGCAGAUGGGAAAAUACCUUGUGCCCAUGCUAUUUGGCACAUGUUUGUUGUAAUGGCAGCAGGAAUUCACUAUUACGCCAUACUGAACUAUUUGUAUCCAACAAAUGAGAUUUAUACCUAGUUUUAUAAUUUAUUGUAAAAAAAGAGAUAUCAGUGAGAAGUAAAAGCUGUAAUUUACAGAUAA